AUGGUGUCGGGUUACAUCCUCAAAACAUGGAACCGACGUCCCACGCGGCUUACAAAACCGACAAAAACUAUUUGUUUCUAUCGUGAAGUUCGAAAUAAACACAUAAAUACAUCAUACAAAAGUAGAAGGAGAGUGAGUGAGGAUGUGGUGGAAGGAGUGAGGUGCAGUGCGUGUGGGAGGACCUGCGGUGCAGUGUCGCGCGGGGAGGAGAGAGCUGCCACGGUGGAGGGGCAGGGGAAGGCGACGUUCGCGGCCCUGUUCGGGCUGCGCGCCGGGGUCGACCUCUCCGCCGCCUACCGCUACAACCAGAACAUGAUGGAAUACUACACGUGUCACGGCGGAGUGAACCAGCUGGGCGGCGUGUUCGUGAACGGGCGGCCGCUGCCGGACGUGGUGCGCCAGCGCAUCGUGGAGCUGGCCCACAGCGGCGUGCGGCCCUGCGACAUCAGCCGCCAGCUGCGCGUCUCGCACGGAUGUGUCUCCAAGAUACUCUCCAGGUACUACGAGACGGGCAGCUUCAAGGCCGGCGUGAUCGGUGGCUCCAAGCCGAAGGUGGCGACGCCGCCGGUGGUGGACGCCAUCGCGGCCUACAAACGCGAGAACCCAACCAUGUUCGCGUGGGAGAUCCGCGACCGACUCCUCAGCGAAGGCAUCUGCAGCCAGGACAACGUGCCUUCCGUCUCCAGCAUUAACAGGAUCGUCCGCAACAAGGCCGCGGAGAAGGCGAAGCACGCGCACAACCAGCAGCAGCAGCAACAGCAGGAGCAGGAGAUCUCCUCCGCGCAGGGCAGCGUCGUCUCUGUGAUAACGCACGCGGGCAGCGGCGGCGCCGGGACCGGGGAGCCGCCCGCCAGCUACAGCAUCAACGGCAUCCUGGGCAUCGAGCACGUGGACGCGCUGCCCCCCGCGCCCGCCGCACCUCCCGCACUCAAGCGGAAGCGCCACGAGGACCAGGAUGAGAACCGCGACUUCAACAGUCACUCGGAGGACGACAUCAAGCGACAGAGAGGACACUACAACGGAGAUCAGAUAUACUCCAACCUCUGGUCGUCGUCCAAGUGGAGCCUGAAGGACGAGUACAAGCUGCUGUCGGAGCUGUCCGGGGGCGCGGGCGGCUACUACCCCGAGCUGUUCGAGCCGUACGAGCACGCGCCCCCCGCCGCGCACCCCGCGCACCCCGCGCACCCCGCACACCCCGCGCACCUCGCGCACCACGCAGCGACGAAUGAGUCCGGAGGCUCCACCGGCGGCGCGGAGCCUCCCUCCGCGGCCGCCAGCCCCGACGCCGCCGCUCUGGUGGUGCUGCAGCCGCCGGCGCCGCCCUACCCGCCCUACGCGCACUACGACGGCAGCACGACGCUGGCGAGUGAGUACGCGUAUGCUGCUCCGUACUCACAGUACUCGCCCUACGGAGGACCCUACUCACACUCCACCGCCACGGGCCUGCUCUCCAAGUGGGAGCAAAAAAUCAUAUCGCGAGAAAUGAAGAUUCCCGCUAGGACUCUAUCCGAUGUACAGGACAUGCCUUAA